UCUUGUAGCUGACCUUUGCCCCAUGUUGACCUUUUACCCAAGUUUUUUGCUACAGCGGACUGCUACCUGCACCUGGCACAAAGAAUGACCGUCUGACUCCAGCCUCCGUAUUCCUACUACACAUUAUGCCAGAAAACCAAAGGAUGGCAGGAUGGACAUGGUUGUUUGCUUUACUGACUGCUGUUGUGAUUGGCUGCUAUCUGUACUUUGAUGGCUUUGACCCUGAAUCCUUGAGGGGAGCCAGAGUUGUUGUCACUGGUUGCAGUACUGGUAUCGGUGAACAGAUGGCGUACCACUAUGCAAGGCUGGGUGCAAAGGUCGUCAUCACCGCAAGGAGGGAGGCACGACUCAAAGAGGUUGUAGCUAAGAUGAAGGACCUGGGAGCCCAGGAGGCCAUCUAUGUAGCAGGAGACAUGGGGAAACCAGAGGACUGUGAGAGGACCAUCCAAACAGCAAAGGAAAAAUUUGGAGGACUUGACUACCUUGUGUUGAACCACAUGGGUUCAAGCUAUAACAAAGGAGGCCCUUUUCUAUGGGACGGAGAUAUGGCAUUCCUUGAGGACUUCACCAACAUUAACUACCUGUCAUACAUACGGCUGGCAUCACUCGCGCUACCCAUGUUAGAGCAGAGCAACGGCAGUGUGGUGGUCGUGUCAUCGCUUUUAGGUAAAAUCACGAGUACUUUCCUGUCCUUCUACUCGGGGGCAAAGUUUGCCCUUGAUGGAUUCUUCGGAUCUUUGCGACAGGAGCUUCAACUGAAGAAGGCUGACGUGUCAAUUACACUGGUGGUGCUGGGCUUGAUAGACACGGAACAAGCCAUGAACUCAGCAAAGUUCUUUGGAAUCGAAUACCUUGCAAACUCACCGCUCUCUCAGCGGAGGAUGCUGCCAUGGUGAUUAUACGCAGCGGCACUGUACGGCAACGUGAGCUGUACUACCCGUGGAUUAUGGUGUGGCCAAUGGCCAAACUCCGGCCAUUCUUUCCACAGGUUCUGGAUUGGAUGGAAUUACAAAAAACUUCUUUAUUUUAAAGUAACAAGAGCCUGUAGAAUACAAAUAUGCCAGAAGCUUAUAAUGGACUUUGCUACUAUUAAUUGUUAUGAGUCUAAAACUACUAUGGACCUUUUCUAUUGAACUUACAUGAUUGUAUAAAAUUAUGUGUAGCACAAUAUGGGUAUGAGGGUGCCUUCACAUUGAAUUGAAACACCACAGAAUAUGUAUUAAUGCCAAUAUAACAAUAAUUAUACAUCUGACUUCUUUCAAGUACACUGUCAGUCAUGCCUCAUGGCAUCUACAAUUUGUACAUGUGUAAGGAAAUUGACUUUUGGUCUGCAAACUUACAUGAGCAAUUUUCUUUUUUAAAUGGUCAAAUGAUGUAAGUGUAACAGAGACAAAUGUGUAAUAGAGUCCAGUUCACCGCGGUAAUGGAGACUCAAGAAUCAAGCAAUGCAAGAAGACAACAGGACAGGAAAACAUCACAGCAGAGGGGAGAGCGACAGGAGACAUAGGAAUUUCUACAGACAUACUUUGUUAUUUAUUAGCUACUAAUAUGUAAAAAUGGGUGUGUCUACACAUGCAUGGACUAGGCAUACCACAGAAUGCCAAUCAAACAACACCUCUAUAGAUAUCAAUACAGACAAUUAUUCAACUGACAUCUAGCAACACUGUUUGUCAUACAACAGCGUCCUCCAAGCAAAAUUGAGCUUUUAUGACUAAACAGCUCAAACAAACACUUACAUGUACUUUGUAUACAUAGUAACAACAUUGACUUGUUCUGCAAUUAUAACUUAUGUCACCAAUGUCUUUUUAGACAGUCAAAUGGCAUAAGUGUAACAUAGGUAAAUGUCUAUAUUAAGCAAUUGAAUGUCUAUUUGGAAAAAAA